AGGUUAAAUGCCCAAGAAAACAGUCAAAGAACCAACGAAAAGUGGUCAGACAAUCAAGAAGAACUCGCUUGAACCAAAUGUUACCGUUUAUACAGACUUACCGCCUGAUGUACACGGACAGCUAAGGUGCUAUCUCGUUCUCAAAGUAGACAGAUUUACCUGGACUGGUGCCAGAUUACAGAAUGAACUGCACAUAGUUGCUAAAUGGUGGGGUGAGCAGUCCCAGGGCACUGUGUUCAAAUGCAGCAGGUUUCCUGGAAUCGCUAAAUAUGCCAUCAAAUGUGGCCCCAGACAGUUUUCUUCUUAUCUCAAUGACAUGCAAUCUCUGACACUAGAUUUUAUUGACUCAAAAUCUUAUCGUAUCCAAGGUGUUGCCAAGGUCGAUGUCAGGAAAUUAUCAAAGAACAAUCUCAUUCUCAGUGAUGCAACAAUCAGAGUUCCUUUGUCAGAGCAAGUGAUAGGAAAAGUCAAUGUCAGUUUAAAUAUUGUUCAAGCACCAAAAUCGUUAGAAGAUCAGCCAACCCUGGAUAGAAAUUCUCCUCUACAAGUUACGUCUGCCAUCAAACAUCCUCGGACAAGCCCAAGUAAGACGUCUCCUGUGAAAUUCCACGAUGACAAAGAAAAUGUUGUAUUUCCUUCAAAGAACGUGCAGAAAGGUAGUGUUACAGAUAUUAUAAGUCAGGUACUUCGAAAAAGUAGAAACCUAAAAGAUGAACUGGUUAAAGCACAGAUGCAAGAUUUGGAUCACAGUGAUAACUUCAGGGAGGAGAUAGAAGCGAACAUUGACGACAUACCCCCAAACUGUAUCCAAGAGGUUGAAAGACAGCAACUAUCAGAAACACACCAAGAUACUUCACAAGUAGAUAACACUAUGGACCUUUUCUUUGGUGGUCGGAACCAUAUUGAUACUAUGCUCAAGAAGCACGGGUUAGAUGUCACUUUCUCUAGUGACUCGAGUUCAAGUUCAUUACAAGACGAGUCGCUUAUUGAACAUCUAUUUUACAAAAGAGAUCAGGGCCAUGACAUAUCUGCUGUAUCCUCUGAUAGUGAAGUAGAUGAAUCUAGAAUAGAAAGGCAGGCAGAUCAAUCUUCUAGAGUGACGUUUGCUUCUCCGGGUAAGAAGAAAGAAGUAUCAAUUCUUCCUGCUGAAGAGAAUCUCCCUCUCAGUCUUAACAAAAUCACUGCUCUAGGACGAGUUAACAAAUGUAAACUGUUCUUGAGUGAUUUACAAUUUGAUAGUGCUGCUCAAGCAGGCACUUAUUUUGUCGAGUACAACAUCCCAAUAGCUGAUGAGGAAGAAACACGAACUUUAACCAGCAGGAAAGUUGAGGAUAGAUCUGUUAACUUUGAGCACACCAACGUGUUUCCUGUUAUGUUUGAUGAGGUCCUGAUAAACCAGUGGCAAAUCAGGACAGCUGGUUUCAAGAUAUUCUACAAAGAAAGAAUUGAGGAUGCCCCGGAGUUUAUUGCUGAUGCCUCUUUGAAACUGAAGAAUGUCUUGAGAGCAGAGAAGUUCGAGCUGAGAUUUUCAUUGCAAAUACGGUCUAUACAAACAGAUGACUAUCUGGGAUUGUUAAAUGGAGUCCUGAAACUGAACAGUGGGGAUGUGUCUGAGUUAUAUGUUCCGCGAACCAACCCUCAACAAAAACCUAAAGCCGUUUCCUUGAACUUGUUAAUAUCUGUGGUCUGUGGAAAAGCGAUACAAACUAAAAGUAAAGACGUGGUAAAUUCUUAUGUGGUGGCUAGAAUGAUUGACUCAGUUGAACGUCUCUCUACAGAUAUAGUGUGGGAUAAUCACCACCCAAUCUACAACUGCAGACACAUAAUACCCUUCACCUACACUUCCACCUUCAUCGACCGGUUCAAGGAUAACUUUAUCAUCCUGGAAGUGUGGAACAAGUCCGGAACUACAGACGAUCUAGUGGGGUUGUGCAAACUUCCAACUAGUCAGUUCAACUUGUCUUUAUCUGGAGACAAUCUGCAAACGUUUACGGAGGAAGAUGUUCCUCUUGUAGCAGUUGAUGGUUAUAUGCCCAUUAUAGACAUUCUGUCCAAUGAACGGUGUGGUAUCCUCCAGUGUAUCUUAGCAGUUGGCUCCCACUCUCAACUCACCCAUCUGCUCUCCCAGAAGAACCUACCCCCGGUGAUAGUCCCCAAAACCCCUGCUGAGAAGCCGGACACAGUAGAACACAUUCCAGAGAUAACUUCCAAAACACGGCACAUGUUCCACGUGACUGUAAACUCAGUGCAAGACAUGGACCUGUUCGAGGGGACUAGUUGGGGUGCCACUGACUGUUUCAUCAGCUUCUCUCUCCCAGUCUCCGCUGGUUCCUCCUCUCCAGAGCUGAAGACCUACACCACUUCAAUCAGCAGUGCAGCUCCACACAUGAAGUUCAACCACCGGACUACGUCCUCUCUGGUGCUGUCAGAUGCUGUGUCAGUGCAGCAGUUCCUGUCCAGCACUCUAGAGGACAACAGUGUGGUGUUUGAGUUGUGGAGGAGGUUUUAUUACCCCAAUGUUAGAGAUCAAGUGUGCGCGCGGGGGUGUGUUACCUUGCAGCAGCUCUCUCAUCUCAUAUCCCUCAAUCCUGGAACUGAACAGAGUUUUAAACUUCCCUUAAAUAGUGUGCAGAUGGCUGAUGACGAGGGUAUGGGAUACGUAGUGGGAACUCUGUCCGUAUCAGUGGAAUACAACCACGACACAGUCACAGAAACACAACAUGCAACUAACUUCGUUCAGUUCUGUGUAGGAGUACAGCGAGCGUGCGGUUUGCAGUAUGCAGCACAGCGCGCGCUUAAUGCUGGGGCGCCUUUAGAGCAUGCAGCUACUGUUGGAGUUGACUCUUAUGUUGCAAUUGAGCUGUCGUUUGCUGGUAUUGACAGGGAGUCGAGUGUACGAGCCCGGUCCUUCACCCCUAACUACGGUUCCCACUUCUCCAUGACGCUACCUACUGUAAUGUCUGCUACACACUCCGGUCCUCCCACUUUAGCUGAGAAUAUCAGUAAGGGUAGCGUACUGGUGUCUGUGUUUCACAAAGUAGAUGGUUCUCACAGUAAAGCUAACGAUAUUCUUCUUUGUAAGGCCACAGUGAGUCUAGAGAGUUUGUUACAGAAGCAGUCUGGUCUACAUGGCUGGGUGGCACUGCAGGAACCUUCUAAAUCUCGUGAACAUGUCGGUGCUAUCGAGUUGGAGAUAGGGUUCAGUGAGCUGACAGAGAGAGAGCAGGUGAUACAGGACGCGGGAGGGCGGGGCUGGCUUCCUCCUCCCCUCCCAUCUGUAACCUCACCUUAUCUGUCACUACAAGUGGGGAUAGACAGGGUCUGGAUACCGGAUACAGUGCUACUCAGGUACAAGGGAGCUCACGAUAAGGUGUACGAGGACAGACAGUGCUAUCUCAGAAUCAAGUUCUACAACAGUGAGGCGGUGUGUUCGGAGUUGAUAGACUUUAACGAUGUAGCCCUGGACAACAGAUCUUACAGUGACGUGGACUUCAGAACUACUUUCAACUUCACUGUCUCUACUAACUUAGUGUGGUGUCUGAGGGAGGAACCUCUAGAGAUACAGGUAUGGCUGGUACCGCGAGGUGGUAAAGACGAUACAAUAGGAGAUACUAUCCUGGGAUGUGGAUACGUAUCUCUCUCUGAACUGCUGGCAGCCAACCACUCUCCUGCUACUGCUGCUCAGGUAGCCCCCCUGGUUAAAGCUACUAGUCCCAGUCUCGGAGGAGCAGGGUUACACAUCACCACAACUCUCACUAAACUACAGGAACUACCGGUUGUGGAACCCUCUGAACCGGUUAAACCGGUUCUGUCACUUGCUGUUGAUCUGGAACAGUCUGAACUUGUUGAGGAAGAGACAGAAGAAGAAGGUAUCGCGUUCAGAGUGACAGUGUCCCAGUGUAACAACCUCCCCACAGACCAAUACGACACCUCCUCCCUCUGUGUAUACUGCUCUGUCCUCUGUAAAUCACACACCCUCCUCACCACCCCCUACCACGAGUUCUCACCCUCAGUAUCUUUCAACUGUACCCAGGACAUCAAGAUACCCUACUCUGUGCUCUCUGGAUCUGAUAAUACUGUGAGAUGUGUGUUGUCUGCUCACGAGCUCACCUCACAGACUGAUCUGUGUGUUGUUGGUACUGCCACUGUGGAUCUAGCUCCUCUUCUGAUCGGGUUUGAGACUGUAGAGGGCUGGUAUCUGGUAGAGGAUGUUUACAGUAAAGAUACUUUUGGGACCAUUAAAGUGUCCUUCACUCCGCUGGAGCUAUUAACCAAGGAGAUCAUCAGGUCUAAGAUUCAGGAGCUGGAACAGAGUUUAGUUUCUGAACUGAACAUGCCAACCAAUUUUCUGAAGAAAGUAGUUGUCAAACGGUCUGAUUACUUGAUACCGAGUAGUGAACAAUCGAGCAGACCCGAACCUCCGGAAAACAGCGUGAAAAUAGAAAAUGUAUUCAAAUCAUUAGCUGACAUAGACAAUUUGAUUAAGAAUAUUGGGAAGCCUAAUUCUAGCACAUUAGAUGAGAUGCGGACAGAGCCUGGCAUCACUGUGGUACAAAAUGAGCCACUAAAAAUAUCAUCAGUCUCCCAGACUUUAAGGUCAUCAUCAAGUUCUUCCUCCUCCAGUUCAUCUAGCUCCUCUAAAUCUAACUCUCUGCGGUCUGAAGAGAAAUCUUCAAAAAGCUCAAAAUCUCAAACAGAAAUAAAAGAAUCGAGAAAUCCCACCCCAGAACCAGACUACGAUGCUAUCUCCCAUCAGGACACCCAGGAGGAGAAGGAGGAGGGGGAUCCUGACCUAUUUCUCGACACAUUUGAUAUAACAGUAGAUACUGACUGCCUAUCAGAUACUAUCAGUGACAUAGCCCAGUUGUUACAGGACGUUCAGAAGCAGACUCAGAACAUUGACAGUAUGUUAGACUCUGCCUCUCAAGAGGAUCCUGAUGCAGAGCAGGAGGAGCUGCCACAUCUUCUACUGGAGAGGGAGGAGAAGUAUUGUGAUGUAGAUGAUGAUGAUGAUGUGGGUGUAUCAGUUCUUGAACCUGAACAAGUUGAGAAAGAAAAGACUAAUGCUGCACCGGAGAUGAUGCGAUCUUCUGAGCAGGUUGCUAGUGAUCCUACAGAGACGGUUCCAGAACCUGCUCAUCCUGUGACAGAAGUACAAUGUGUUGAUGAACUAGCUCCUAAAACCCAGCCUGAGCAUGACAUCAAACCACCUUGUUCAACAGAGGAGAUUAGAAAUAAGGUGGAAGAAGUGGAAAGUUCACGGACUGUAGCCGAGUCUUCUGAUCAGUUCCAGGACAUGCCUCGUGCCCAGGAACAGGCAGGAAUAUAUCCUAGAGCCAGCAGGAACAGAAUCGAUCAGUUUAAACGACCUUCUGUUCCGGACUUCUUCAUGGCAGCAAAAGAGCUGUCCACUACUAUAAACGAGCUGAAGCAGCAGAGACAACCCUCAAGGUCCAACGAGUCUCAAGAAGCAGAUGUGAGGUCCAGUACUCCUAUUCUCAGUAGACGAACUCCUCUGACAAGGCUCAUGGGACACGGGCCAAACGACGACCAGCGAGCCAGAAUAGCUAGAAUAUUUAGACAGUAAUAGACAGAGAAUAUUUGAUCUUAUUAACUUUUGUAAGCAUGACUUUAUCACAAAUGAAAAUAUGCAUGUUUUUUAGUACCAGUGUUUUUAUUCAUUUCUAAUAAGUUAUGACAAAUAUAUAAUAUUAACUUAAUGUGUAUAAUACCAGAUAAGAGUUGAGCUCUUGUAUAUGUGAAUAUGUAUCUAAUGUUAUUUAUCAUUUGUACAUUUUUUUUUGUUAUUUUCAGCGUAUUUUAUUCUAUUACAAAACCGAUUUUUACUUAUCCCUUGUCUUAUUUGAGCC